GACGCGGACGAGCCGCACAGAUACAACAACAAACAGCCUCCGAGCGGCUGUUAGCACACUUAGCUGCACUGUUAGCUCCACAGAUAAACAAACAGCUUUGAGUCAUUUAGCUCGUGUAACUCGUAGCUACACUUUAUGUUUUACAUUAGAUUUAUUUAUGUGAGUGUGGAGCAGCACUUCACUCACAUAAUCAUGUGUUUCUAGUGUGGCUUUAGUCGGGAGAGCGUUGGCUAAGUGGCUUUAGCUCAUGUAUGCCAAGCUACAGCAAAACAGCUAGCUAGCUUAGUUGCUAGCUUGUUAGCUAGCCAACUCGCUUAACCAAGGUGGAGACCAGCAGCGGGGAGAUGCGAGGAAAGUGAGGGUUCCCCUGACGGACUAAAUGAGCAAAACUCUGGACGAUCCAACAUGAAGUUGUAUGUGUUCCAGGUCAACAAUGGCAGCACUUUGACAUUUGACACUGAUCUUGCUGUCCAAACUGUCCUAGAGCUUAAACAUGCCAUCCAAGCUAAAUAUAAGAUUGCCAUUCAACAUCAAGUCCUUGUUGUCAAUGGAGGGGAAUGUAUGGCUGGAGACCGACGCGUCUGCAGCUACAGUGCUGGCACUGAAACCAACCCCAUAUUUCUGUUCAACAAAGAGAUGAUUCUGAGUGACAGGGAUCCAACAAUUCCUAAGACGACGUUCUCGAUAGAGAGUGAGAUUCAAGUUAAAGUGGAGGAGUCUCUGUUGAUGCCAGCCGUCUUUCACACUGUUGCCUCGAGAACACAACUUGCUCUUGAAAUGUUUGAAGUUGCCAAGAAACUGUCCUCUUUCUGUGAGAGGCUGGUUCAUGAUGAACAUCUUCAACACCAAGGCUGGGCUGCAAUCAUGGCUAAUCUGGAUGACUGCACUCUGUCAUAUCAAAAGCUGCUUGUGAAAUUUGAAACUUCAUAUAUAAAUUAUCAACAGGACUUGGAGGAGAUCAAGCUAAAACUAACAAAGCUUGGGACAGCAGUCGCAGUAAUGGCCAGGAUACCACUGCUGGAAUGUUUGACGCGCCACAGUUAUAGAGAGAGCAUAGAAAAGUCCAGCUCUACACCAGACAAAUAUUCAGAAGAAACGGAAGAUGAACGAUCUACUGAGUCCGUGCUCUGUACAGUUGGAGCAAAGCAGCACGCAAAGAUGUCCACAUCCAUAUCAGCUUCUGGAACUGCAACAAGUGAAGCGACUGAAGACCAGGAAACACAUGAGAUGAAUGACAGUGGGGGCCUGAGAGCUGCAUUACUGGAUGAUGACCCCCAAGAGCUGACCAACGCAUCUGCUUUUAAUGUUACACUACUAGAUUGGAUCAAUGUGCAAGACCGACCCAAUGAUGUAGAAUCUGUUGUGAGGAAAUGCUUUGACUCCAUAAACAGGCUUGAUCCUCGCAUUAUUCAACCCUUCCUGGCAGAUUGUCGUGACACAAUUGCAAAGCUCGAUAAUCAAAACAUGAAAGCUAUCAAGGGGCUCGAAGACCGGCUGUAUGCGCUAGAUCAAAUGAUUGCAAGCUGUAAGAAACUGGUGAAUGAACAGAAAGAACUUGCUCAGGGAUUUUUGGCCAAUCAGAAGAGGGCUGAAAACCUGAAGGAUACAUCAGUUCUGCCUGAUCUGUGUCUGAGUCACACUAACCAGCUGAUGAUCAUGCUUAACAACCACAGGAAGCUGCUUGACAUAAAAAAGAAAUGCACCACUGCUAAACAGGAACUCGCAAACAACCUUCAAGUCAGACUCAAAUGGUGCUGUUAUGUCAUGCUUCAUGCAGACCAGGAUGGGGAGAAGCUCCAAGCUCUGCUCAGACUUUUGACAGAGCUGGUGGAGCGAGUGCGGGUAGUGGAAGCACUCAGCAGUGUGCCCCAGAUGUACUGCUUGGCUGUGGUUGAGGUGGUCAGGAGGAAAAUGUUUAUGCGCCACUAUAAAGAGUGGGCAUAUGCCCUUGUAAAAGAUGGGAAGCAACUGUAUGAAGCAGAGAAGUUCAAAAGGGAAACCUUUGGAAAACUGUUCAGAAAGUCUUUCCUCAGAAAUCGAUUGUUUAGAGGACUUGAUUCAUGGCCUCCAUCUUCUUUUUGUACUCACAAGCCCAGGAGAUUUGAUGAUGAACUUCCAGACAUCUCCCUUGACGACCUGCAGUACUUGAAAUCCUGCUGUCCUGUUGAGGUCCAACCUUUCCUCAUGGUUCCCACUAUGUGUGAUUUUGAGCCCCUCAAUCAACAUAUACAAACGCUCCGCCAUUUGGUUCACGCUGCACAGAGUGUGGAUGAGAUGUCCAGAACCAUUACGGACCUCCUUAGUGAACAAAGGGCAUCGUUUAGUCAGAGUGCUCAUCGAUCUACUCCCAUAACGCCACAAUCCGAAAACUUUACUGGGACCACAACUCCAGUGUCCUCCAAAACACCUCCCUCUCUCAGCAUUCAGGUCCCCAGCUGUCAGCCCCUUGAUGUCACCGUACCUGCCCCUUUGGAGGAUCUAUCCCCAGACAGCAUUGACGCUCAAACAUUUGACUUUGAGACUAUUGGUCAUCCAAAUAUGGAUCCUGUUCUGCAGCAGGGUUCUCUUGAUCUGGACUCCCUGGCAGAAAGCCCAGAAUCGGACUUUAUGUCGGCUGUGAAUGAGUUUGUAAUAGAAGAGAACCUCACCUCGCCCAACCCCAUCAGUGACCCCACAAGCCCUGAAAUGAUGGUGGAGUCACUCUAUUCCUCUGUUAUUAAUGCCAUCGACAACAGACGCAUGCAGGACACGACUCUACUUGAGAGGGAGAACGCUGAAAUCACUGCUCUUAAAGAGACUAUAGGGAAGUACAGAUGCACCGCAGAGGAGACCCAAUGCAAACUAAGAAAUGUAAAAGACGACCUGCAUCAUCUCCAAAGUCAAGUUAUAAAGGAACAGCACGACUUCAGUGUCGUUGUACAGAGCAUGGCACUGGAAGUACAUAGAAUAGCAGACACUUGCCAAACACAAGAGGAGGAGCUGAGCAUACACCAUCGAAAUGAACUUCAAACACUACAGGAAGAGCAUGAAAGGCAGAUUCAAACACUAACAGAAGAAAACUAUACAAAUCAAAACAUAGUAAAGGACAUCCAGAGAGCCAUGUUGGAGUUGGAGGGAUUACUGGAACGCAAAGAGAAGGAACUGACUCAACUUGAGAAUGAAAAGCAGCAGUGGAUCGAGAAACAGGGCAGCUACGUCGAUAAAAUCAAGAACUUGGAGCAGAUCAUGUCCGGUCAAACAGAAGAGAUCAAAACUCUGUCUGAAGCAAGAGACUCUCUGUCCAACCAGGUCGAGAAUUUGCACAUUGAGAUCGAACGCAGCCAGCAGAAGAUUUGUCAGGAGUUUGAAGUAAAAGAACAGUUCCUUUUAAAAGAACUAGAGGAAAAACUAGAGAAAGAACACGGCGCCAAACUUGAGACUCUUACCAAAGACAACCAAGACACCAUAAAGCAAAUUGAGGAAGAUAAUAGAUCCAAGUUACGUGAUGCAGAAGACCAGCACUCCACUCUGGUGAAUGAAAAAGAUCUUCAAAUUAAGGACUUGGAAGCACAUCUUGCAGAACUGGCUGAACUUCGCUGCAAAUUAGAAGUAGAGUUGGCGUUUAAGGAAUCUGAGACUGAAGAGGUAAAGCUCUUAUUGAGUGAAACUAAGACACAGCACGCAGAGUCUCUGAAGUCACAAGUCGAAGCUGAGACCAAGGUCCUUAGUAAAGAGAUAGAAGAUUUAAAAAGACAACUUCAGGCCAAAAAUGAAGAGCAUGAAGUGGGAUUGGCAGAGCUGAGGAGCCUCAUGAAGGCUGAGAAAGACUCCCGCGUCUCAGAACUGGUGAAUUCCCACGGGGAGGAGAUGAGGUUGUUACGCAGUGAAUUGUCAGCGCUGGAGCAGAAAGGCCUGGACACUGAGAGGAGCCACAGUGAGCAGCUUGAAAAACUUCAACAAGACCUGGACCAACAGCUUGCUGCUCUAAGUGAAGAGCAUCAGGCACAGUUAAUGAACGUCCAGGAACGCGAGCAGGAGCUAACGACUGUUAUCAGCAACUUACAGGCCGAAAAUGACCUGUUUGCACAAAAUAUACAGCAAAAUAGAUUAAAGGUGGAGAAUGAGGCCUGUACAGUGAAAUCACAAGAAGCCUUUAACGAACUGCAGCAGGAAAAGAAGGAAAUGGAGGAAAGACUGUUGGAUAAAAUUAGACAGUUAGAAAGAGAGCUCAGUGAAAUGCAGUCUCUAAAGAGUGAUGAAAGCCUGCCAUUAAAAACUGAAGAGCGUUCUGGUGCUGAAGGCCCACAGUCUAUGGAUUCACCUCUGAGACUGCAGCAGGAGAGGGACUCUUUACAAACACAAAUAGAACUUUUGGAAAAGAAAAAGAAUGAGGAAAUCCAGAACCUCAAGACGUCGCUCAUCGCAGAGCAGCAGACUAACUUCAACACAGUCCUGACGCGGGAGAAGCUAAGGAAGGAGCAGAUCAUCAACGAGCUUUCUGAAAAACUGAAGAAUGUUACGCAACAGCAGGAGAAAGACAAAGCUCUGAUAGAGACCCUGUCUGAAGAUCGGGCGAGCCUGAUGCAGGAGAAGAAGCAGCUGGAGGAGGAGCUGAACCGUCUGCGCAGCACAGCUUUGGUGUCGUCUGCCUUCUUCGUACCUACGACGUCAGUGCAGGAGUCCACAAACACGGGGGCAGAGGAAGCCACUGCUCUGCCCUUUGCUGGGGCCUGUUCUUCUGAGCCCAUAGGAGAGAGUGAGAGGCUGCUCUCUGUAGCUGGGAUUCCAGACGAGGACCAUGUGGAAUCAGCUGUGGAGGCCAGCAUGGUGACAGUCCAUGAUGUUUUGAUCUCAGAGGAAAAACAAAGAAUACUUCUACUUGAGCGGACCCUCCAUAUGAAGGAAGAAGAAAACAAGCGCCUCAGUCAAAGAUUGAUGUCUCAGAGCAUGUCGUCUGUUUCCUCACGACAUUCGGACAAGAUCGCCAUCAGAGAUUUCCAGGUUGGAGAUCUGGUUCUGAUUAUUUUGGAUGAAAGGCAUGACAACUACGUGCUGUUCACUGUGGGUCCAACCCUGUAUUUCCUCCACUCAGAGUCUCUCACCGCUCUGGACCUUAAACCAGCAUCAGGGACUUCACGACGACCAUGGGUGCUUGGAAAGGUGAUGGAGAAGGAAUAUUGUCAAGCCAAAAAGGCGCAGAACAGAUUCAAAGUUCCUUUAGGAACAAAGUUCUACAGAGUGAAGGCUGUUCCUUGGAACAGGAAAGUUUAAAGCCACAGACUGAGUUCAAAUGUAUAUUUAUAUUGCUUACUCUUUUGAACUGAAGCAUCACAUUAUAAUUCAUAACUGACAAACUGAAAGACCUUAAACAGAACUAUGAACAUAAUUAUUUUUUAAUUUUCACUUUAAAUCCUACUGCAACAUGUUUGCUUUAUUUUAAACAGAUUUGCUCUUGUGGACCAAAUGCUAUUAACUGUGUGAGGCCUGGUCCCACACUGUGGCAUUAUGCCAUGAACCUGUGUAAAACCAACUACAUUUGGAUGUUAAAUAUUAGUUUUCUUUUCCAGCAUUUGUCCGUUUGUGGAGUCAUUAUGAACUGAAAUAACAGAUGCAUUUAUUCUAAAUGUUUAUGGAGGAAUGUUCAUGGCAUGCAUAGAUAUUUUCUUUGAUCAAGGUAAAUGUUGUAGUUUGAAAUGUACUUAAAGUUGUAUGGGCUCUGUUAAUACUCAUGUACAUUAUGGCUGGUGACAGUCAUCUUUGCAAUCCUCAAAAUGCACUUUCAGAACAAUGCUUUUGAUUUGAAAAGGGAAGUUAAUGAGCUGUCAGAACUGAGUAAAUAUAUCAGCACAAACUUCUCUGUUAUAGAUCGAAAUGUAGAAACGUGGCUGUGUUUCAUUAACGGACGACAGUGUAUAUUAUUCAUUAAAUCACAUAACAGGAAACAACGGUAUUAUAAAAGAAGAAGAGUUUUCAAACAAUAAAGGAUUGAACCCAAUCAAAUAUAAA